AUGUCAACCUUGACAGCCACGCGAGCUGUAGACCCGCUCGCGGAACUGAACCGGCUGCUGAGCCGACUCCAGCAGUCCACCCUGCGCGCCGACGCCGAGCGGCAGCGGAGGCUGGUGGCGAGCGAGUUCGAGAGGCGCAAGGUCGAUACCAGCAUAAAACAUGCCCGGGCCCUGCUGACCGGCCUGGAGCACGAGACCCUGUCGGUCAAGGUCCACGCCAGGCGCCAGGCGCUCCAGGCGGUCCUGAGCCAAAACCGCGAGCUCAUAGACGAGCUAGCCGAGAGGAUCCGGGACCUGGACGAGAUGGCGGACGCCCGGGGCGCCGGGCCCAUCGGCCGCGCCGACAACGGCGGGGACGACGAGGAGGACGACGGCGAUGAGGACAUUCUCAGCGAGGUCUGCGGCAACCUGGCCAGCGCGGCGGACCCGGGCGCCGACUUGGCGUCGCCCGAGCCUGCGUCGCCGCCCCCGCCAAGCACGCGAGCGCCGCGGCGGCGCCCGGACACGAGCCAGACCAGGGGUCGGGGGUCGACGACAACACCCGCACCAUCCGCGCCACCCGGGACGGAGGGGACCACAACGUCCCAGACGCUGCGGUCGCGCGCGCCAAAGGCAACGCCGGACGGCGGCAGCGGCGGCGACACGACCACGGCCACAGCCGCCACGGGGCGCAGUCUAUUUGGCGACAGCGCCGACGGCCGCGCGCCCUCGACCAGCCAGCUAGCCACCACCGAGUCUAUCCUCGACCAGCAGCGGGCCGAGCAGGACCUCCUGUCCGAGUCUAUCCUUCGGAUGGCGUCCUCCCUGAAGGAGUCCUCCCGGGCGUUCGCGAGCUCGCUCGAGGAGGACAAGCACGUCCUCAGCCGCGCCGGCGACGGCCUAAACAAGAACGAGCAGGGCCUCGAGGCCGCCGCUCGGCAGAUGGGGUUCUUGACCAGGAUGGCCGAGGGCGAGGGCUUCAUAGGCCGUAUGAAGCUGUAUGUCAUGGUUUAUGGCCUGAUGAUGUUUUUGAUCCUGCUUGUUUUUGCGAUGCCCAAGCUUCGGUUGUAA